CAUUUACACCCCACCGCUCAUUACACAACGUAGUACCCCUCAGAUAGGAGCAUGACGCUUAUUAAGUCCGGACUUGAUGUCGCCUAUGGGUUAGAUCUGAAUUUUCCGUGAAAGGACAUAAAUAGAGCGUUGAUCGCAGACUACCAGAUGAUAACCAGAAAGCCCAACAAUCGCUUCAGUUACCUCGAGUGAUCGCCGCGCAGAAGAAGAUGGCCCCAUCACUCCCAAAGACUUUCAAAGCCGCGGUCAUCAAUGACAAGGGGGAUGGACUGACCCUGAAGGACAUCGAUCUCAAGCUUCCCGGCCCCGGCCAAGUCCUCAUCAAGUCACUGGCCUGUGGCGUUUGCCACACCGAUGACUUCAUGAGACAAGGCUUUCUGGGGAACUCGUUCCCUCGUAUCCCCGGUCAUGAGGUGAUCGGUGAUAUCGUCGCUGUUGGAGAGGGCGUCACCCGCAUCAAGGAGGGCGAGAGAGUUGGUGGGACGUGGCACGGCGGCCACGAUGGGACCUGCCGGUCCUGCCAGCGCGGCAUGUUCCAGAUGUGCGACAACGAGGAGAUCAACGGCGUGACCAUGGACGGCGGGUACGCCGAGUACGUGCUCCUGCGGGCCGAGGCCGCCGUCCGCAUCCCCAAGGACCUGGACCCGGCCGAGGCGGCGCCCCUGCUCUGCGCGGGCGUCACCACGUUCAACUCGAUGCGCCGCAUGGGCGUGAUGCAGGGCGACAUCGUCGCGGUGCAGGGGCUGGGCGGGCUGGGCCACCUGGCCGUGCAGUACGCGAGCAGGAUGGGGUACGAGGUGGUGGCGCUCAGCAGCGGCAGCGAGAAGAAGGAGUUCGCGACCAAGCUCGGCGCGCACCACUACGUCGACACCAGCAAGGAGGACCCGGCCAAGGCGCUCAUGAAGCUCGGCGGCGCGGCCAUGAUCUGCUCCACCGCGCCGAACCCCAAGGCCAUCAGCCCCCUCGUGGGCGGGCUCGCGCCGCAGGGCAAGCUGAUCGUGCUGGCGCCGGUCGGGCCGGUGGAGUUCGACACGGCUAUGAUGGUCACCAAGGCGGCGAGUGUGCACGGGUGGCCGUCUGGGCACGCGCUUGACUGUGAGGAGGCCAUCGCGUUUGCUGGGACGCAUGGGGUCAAGUGCAUGAUUGAGAAGUUCCCGCUGGAAAAGGUCCAGGAGGCCUUCGAGCACAUGACGAGUGGGAAGGUCCGAUUCAGGUCUGUCCUAACGAUGUAAUUAGGCAUGCUUUAAUGCGGUGAAGCGGAUAGGCUCAGGCCGAGAAGAGGCGGCGAUCGUCACAGUAAACGCUACGGCAAGAAGUAGCAUCGUUCCCUGUUUGUGUCCGUCUGCGCGCCCGUCGUGAUCUUGAUAUGAGUGACUUGUGAGUACUUCAGACCUGGGUAUGGCGAAAUGGCUUCAAGUGGUUCGUAAUCCAUCGCGAAGAUGACAGAUGAUCGUCCAGGGCCUGAGGACAUUCGGCCCGGCGCAUCACUCAUCCCCGUCAAAUUGUCCAGCCCGCUUGCUCAGCAGGCCAGUCUUGAACCACUCGCCCAGUCCCUUACUCUCCAUGACCUGCCCAAACGAAGAAACAGACUCGAUCUCAUUAAACGCCCCAGCAGUCACAGGCAUCGUCGCAGCAGCCGGGCCGUCCUGGUUCAGAGCCCUCAUCUCAGGCUUAUAGACGCACUGGAAAUCCUUGUACCGCAGAUCCUUCACAGCGCUCACCCAGGCGCCCAAGUUUGGUGCCUGGUCGCUCUCGGCGUACAUCAGGCCUGGAGUGCCGCCGUAGCGGACCAGCACGAAGGGUAUGUCGAAGUGCGCAGCUGCCUUUUUCACGCGCUGUAGCUUCUUGCGGCUCGUGACGUGGUGCGUGCGGAUCAAGGUGAUGAAAAGCUUUUUUGAUGUGCCCAUGUUGCUUUCGGCAUCACGCCCCGAGCCAGCGUCCACUCGUCCACUCAAAUUUGGUCGGAGGUUAAAGAAAAGUGAUGGUCC